AUGAAGCUGGAAGCUGUGGUCGAGCAGCUGCAGAAGCAGCAGCAGAAGCAGCAAACGCCUCUGCAGAUGGAUUCCAGGGAGAGACAGCAGAGGCAGAUGAGGGAAGCCCAGCUGCUCUACACUCAGCAGCUGGCCGUGCAGCAGGCUGUCCCAGCUGCCACAUCUGGCAGGGCUUCGGGCGGCUCCGCUGUUGGUCCCUUGGCCAGAGGCCCACCUGCAGCCGGAGCUACGCGGGCUUUUGAUCAGAGCAGCAUGAAUUCAGAGCCGGAAGAGGAAGACGAGGAUGAAGAAGAGGAGGAAGAAGAAGAGGAGGAGGAGGAGGAGGAAGAAGGGGGUUUGGAAGGUGGCGAUCUUGAGGAUGGCACUGAUGUGACUGGAAAAGAAACCUGCUCUGCUCUGAAAUAUUUUCAUGCUCCCAAAGUUGCCCAUCACAACCAAAGAGUGGCCUCUACCUCUAAUCCUCUCCCAGCUUCGGGGCACCAGCGGGGACAGCAGGGCAAAGAAGAACAGGGUAAAGACACUACUAAGCAACCGUAUUCCGGUUCCCCGUCUGGACGCCAGAACUGGCGGUUGGACGAGCAGCUCAAACAGAACGGCAACGUGACCUGGAAUGAUGAAGGUGAUGGAUGCCGAGGAAGAGAAAUUUCACGAGACUUUGCCAAGCUCUACGAACUGGAUAGUGACCCUGAACGGAAGGAGUUCCUGGAUGACCUCUUCAUCUUCAUGCAGAAGAGGGGAACUCCCAUCAAUCGGAUCCCCAUCAUGGCAAAGCAGAUCCUGGAUCUCUACAUGCUGUACAAGCUGGUGACUGAGAAGGGAGGGCUGGUGGAAAUCAUCAACAAGAAAAUCUGGCGAGAGAUCACCAAAGGCCUUAAUCUGCCCACCUCCAUCACCAGUGCCGCGUUCACCCUUCGAACCCAGUAUAUGAAGUACCUAUAUGCCUACGAAUGCGAGAAGAAAUCCCUCAGUUCUCCUGCCGAGCUCCAGGCUGCGAUCGAUGGCAACAGGCGGGAAGGCAGGCGGCCCAGCUACAGCUCCUCUUUGUUCAGCUACUCGCCCACCACCACGGGGCCUCCUUCCCUCCUGUCUCCCCCAAAGAUCCGCUUCCCCAUCAUCGGCGUCGCGCCGGGCAGCGGGACCAGCAAUCCUCGGGUGUCUCCAGCAGCAGCCGCCGUCAGAAAAGGUGACGGUGUGCCCUUGACCGUGUCUAUGCCAAAUCGUAUUGCCGUGCCAGUGACCUUGGCGAGCCAGCAGGCGACUGUGGCGGCGAGAACAGCCACCCUGGAGCAGCUGAGGGAGAGACUGGAGUCGGGAGAGCCUCCGGAGAAGAAGGUCUCGCGGAUGACAGAGGAGGAGAAGUGGCUUGUCCAGCAGGCUCUUCAGCGCAACCUGUUCAGCAUGGCGCGGCAGAUCCCCAUGAAGAUCAAAAUCAACGGCAAGGAAGAUAAACCAGACUCGGCAGCGGCGGCAGCACUGAACUUGUCACCUAACGGCAUUGGGAGUAUUAACAUGUCGGUGGAGAUUAACGGCACAAUUUACGCAGGGAGCGAGCCGGGAAGGAGUCACACGGAUUACCUCAUCUCAAGGAACCUGCUUUUGUGGUUGGCCAACGGCAAGAUGAUGAUGCUGAUGCUGAAACCUUUCCAUGCCAGCGAGUUUUUCUUCAUCGUCUCGCAUUUGCAGGUCUUCCUCGGUGCAGGACUGGCCCUGCUCUGCCUCAGCAUCCUCCUGGGCUGCGCCGUGUGCUGGCGGCACCGCCGGCGCCUGGGCCCCCACCUCCGCUGGGAGUGGGGGGAGGUGGCAGGAGAGGUGCUGGCUGCCCGGGCCGAGGAGGGUCCCCCGGCAUCACCGGCAUCUCACGGGCGUUUGCUCCACGGCAGAGCCUCCUUGCCCAGCCUCCCCUUCUCCACAAAGCCAGCAGGAACAUGUCAGCGCCGCUGCAGCAUCUCUGGAGACAACCUCCUCUGCAAUGAGGAAGGCCCACUGGUCCACCCUGUCCUGGGACCCCCCACCCCGCUGUCCUCCGGCACUGGCCCCAAGCAGCGUCCCCGGCUUCACUGCGACUUGUUCUACUCGCCGGCCGAGGCCACGCUCACUGUGAUGGUCCUCGGCAUCACCCACCUGCCCAAGAGGCUGCGGGGUGGACAGGGGUGCCACGUCAAGGUGUACCUUCUACCACGGCUCCCGGCGUCCCGGCGCGUGGCAUUGCAGCGUGGUAGCCUCCACCCUGCCCGUCAGCAGCCGUGCCGGUUUGGCCGGUACAGCCUGGAGGAGCUGAGGAGCUUCACCCUACGCUUCGCUGUCUACACCAGGUUUCGCAGCCUCAAGGACUCCUUCGUGGGAGAGGUCCUCUUCCCCUGUGCUCAGGCCACCUGGGACCCCCAGGUGCCUUCUAGCUACAGCUGGGAGCUGUCAAGCACCAAAACCAAGCUCAGAAAGUGUUCCAGCGCCCAUGACGUGAGCCGCAGCAUGCUCUCCUCGCCCCCCAAAUCCCUCGGCCAGCUCUUCCUUCUCCUCCAGUACCAAGCUUUGGCCAGCCGCAUCAAGGUGCUGGUCCGCAAGGCAGAGCACCUGGGCCGGCUCUCACGCAUGCCGGGCACACCAGGCCACUAUGUCAUCAUCCACCUUUACCACAACGGCCAUGUCAUCGACACCAAGGAGACCAAGUCCAUCACUGGCUACAACCCCGUCUGGAACACGCCAUUCCUCUUCAACCUCCCCGCUGGGGACAUCCAGCAGCAAGAGCUGUCCUUGGAGUUCACCAUCAUGCAGGCUCGCAUCUACACCCGCAGUUCCCCGCUGGGCCGCGUGCAGGUGGGUCCCCACGCCCCUGGGGCCGGGAUGCUGCACUGGAGGGAGAUGUGCAGCCGGGGCCAGUUGGAGUCAGCGCGGUGGCACCGGAUCCAGCCCAACGUCCUCGGACCCUGA